GGAGAAGAGGAACAUAUGAGUGUUUAUGAAAGGAGGAGUGAGUGUGGAGGAGGAGCAAAAUGUUCCUGUUAUAAAAACUCAGAGAACAGAGGAGAAAAUAGAUCCUGUUGUUGUUCUGCUCUGAAGAAGAAGAAGAAGACGAAGAAGAAGAAGAAGAAGAAGAAGAAGAAGAAGAAGAAGAAGAAGAAGAAGAAGAAACUUCUGCAGCUUUUAUCAAACAGUGUUUUUUCUCAGACAAACAUGAGUCACGUGGACGUGAAGAACAUGAAACCCUCCACCUUUGAAGACGAGCAUUAUGAUGAAUAUGAAUAUUAUAAUCUGACAGAUAAAUACUCAGAGGGCUCGGCUCGUAAGGGUCGAACCAAGAAGGAGGCCAGUGACAACACCAACCGACCGAACCCUUCAGGACACGAGAGGAAGAUCGUCGAGAAGCUGCAGAACAGUGAGAAGAAAACCAAAGAGUGAACUCUGAGGAAACUCCGCCUCUUUAUCCCGGACACUGACCUCGGUUUCCCUGAAGACAGAACGAGACGUGUGAUUGGCUGGAGCGUGUUGUGGUUGUGAAGAGGAGCCCGCACAUCCAGAUGUUCCAGCUGCAGAGAUCCUUUCCCCCAGGGGGCGCUGCGGCUCCUCGGCCUGAAGGGGCUGGAGAGCGCUCACCUGUGGUGGCGUGCACGUGGGCCGUGCACUGUGUUUGUGGUGGGAGGAGUUUGGUGAUUUCAAUGUGUUCAUUGAUUUACAAAACGUUUCCUUUCUAUUAAAAACAUUUGAAGUGA